UUCUAGUGCAAUUAUUGGUGUUACAAUAAUCAUUGUAAUGGAGAAUGCGUCUUGGCUCGUCAUUGCAAAGGUUCUUCAACUUUAUUUAUGGUACUACCUAUGUUGUUACGUUAAUGAGCAAAUGAGUAAAGAAGUGGAACAAGCAGAGAUACUUAUCAUGAAAUAUUUGAUUAAUUUUAAAUGCGAUCAAUCUAGAAGAAAUCUGAUGUCAACUUUCAAGCAGCUGGUAUCGACGAAUCGCAUACAGUUUACAGCCUGCAAUUUGUUUCGUCUCAACUACGCCAACAUACUGCGGACCAUUGUCAGCGUUAUUACUUACAGCAUCAUACUCAAUCAAUUGUUUUGGAGCGGAGAAAACAAUUGAAAAUUAUUCCCUUUCACAUUCAUAGUUUUUAGGUUAUGGACUAAUA